AUGUACCAUGAAUCCACCAGACUUGGGACACAGGGCUCUCAGACUGCAGCCACAAAUCUAAUGGAUAGUGGGCUUCAUUGCAAAAAGGAUCCAGUUCUGAGAAAAGGGUGUCUUGCAGAAUCCAAUGACUCUGCGGGGAGACCGAUGAAUAUUCAUGGGAUGAACACUGGUGUGGAUAUCCUGGACACUGCAAUGCUCAACUCGGGGACAGCAACCCAGCUUGUGCCAGCUGCUAAAGACUUUAAAAAGGUCAAGCUGAGGUUCUUAAGAAGGACUGUGGUAGAGUCUGAUCAGGAAGAACCUCCGGUUCUAGACUUGGGUGAAUCUCCUCACCACAACAAGGUCAUCCCUAUCUCUAGAGCCAGGAGAGCCAUUGCCAAGAGAGCACAUGGGACCAGCGACCGGGCUUUGACCAAAGAGGCCCCUGAACCCAAGUUCGAGACCUCUAGGGAAAGCAAAGCGGAAGAACCUCCAGAUCAAGUUGAAAAAGAGAAAAAAGAUGAACCUGACACUUCUAAAGAGGUACCAAAGUCCAAAAAAGAAGAGGAGAAUGAUGAAGAGGAGGCAGACAUAAAAGCUGUUUCUACCUCCCCUGAUGGCAGGUUUUUAAAGUUUGACAUAGAAAUUGGAAGAGGAUCCUUUAAGACUGUUUAUAAAGGUCUGGAUACAGAAACUUGGGUGGAGGUGGCAUGGUGUGAACUCCAGGAUCGUAAACUAACGAAGCUUGAGAGACAACGGUUUAAAGAAGAGGCAGAAAUGCUGAAAGGUUUACAACACCCGAACAUUGUCAGGUUCUACGACUUCUGGGAAUCCUGUCUGAAGGGGAAGAAGUGCAUUGUUCUAGUUACCGAACUCAUGACAUCAGGGACACUCAAGACAUACUUGAAGAGAUUCAAGGUGAUGAAACCAAAGGUUUUACGCAGUUGGUGUCGGCAGAUACUGAAAGGAUUGCACUUUCUUCAUACGCGGGCACCACCCAUCAUCCAUCGGGACUUAAAAUGUGACAACAUCUUCAUUACAGGGCCAACUGGCUCUGUGAAGAUUGGAGAUCUUGGGUUGGCUACUCUGAAACGAACUUCUUUUGCCAAAAGUGUAAUCGGAACUCCGGAGUUUAUGGCACCUGAAAUGUACGAAGAACAUUAUGAUGAGUCUGUGGAUGUUUAUGCUUUUGGAAUGUGCAUGUUAGAAAUGGCUACCUCAGAAUAUCCAUACUCCGAAUGCCAGAACGCUGCUCAGAUAUACCGGAAAGUGACCAGUGGUGUGAAACCAGCAAGCUUUGAGAAAGUGUCAGACCCUGAAAUCAAAGAGAUAAUUGGGGAGUGCAUCUGCAAGAACAAGGAGGAGAGAUAUGAAAUCAAAAACCUAUUAAGCCAUGCUUUCUUUGCUGAAGACACUGGGGUGAGGGUGGAACUUGCAGAGGAAGACAACGGCAGGAAGUCCACGAUUGCCUUAAGACUGUGGGUCGAAGACCCUAAGAAGUUGAAAGGGAAACCCAAAGAUAAUGGAGCCAUUGAGUUUACUUUUGACUUGGAGAAGGAAACGCCUGAAGAUGUUGCACAAGAAAUGGUUGAAUCAGGGUUUUUUCAUGAGAGCGAUGUAAAAAUUGUGGGAAAGUCGAUACGAGAUCGAGUGGCGUUAAUCCAAUGGAGACGGUCAAGGAUUCGGGAAGAGAGUGGUGAUCCUGAGGGGCUGGAACAAAUGAAUGCGCCCCAGAUACCACUUGCACCAUUGGCCCAUUCUUCCCACAUAGGUCAACACAUGGUAAAUGAAGCGGAUGAACUUGAGAUUGACCAGCAUUCCUUUUUGCCCAAACUACCCGCCAGCAUUACUUCAGUAGCAUCUGACAGCACAUUUGACAGUGGUCAGGGGUCUACAGUGUAUUCGGAUUCACAAAGCAGUCAGCAAAGUGUCAUUUACUCCUCUCUGCCAGACAUUCUACCCCCUGCCGUCCAGCGAGUCUACAGCCCACCCAUCUUGGAAGGUCAGGCUCUGUCACAGAGUCCUCAGCAUCAGCUGGGGCAAUACCAGCAAGCUGCAGCACAAAGUAUUAUUGUCCCACCACUUGUUAAAGAACUUUUUGGUUCACAAGUAUCCUUGCGUUGCCCCCAAGACAUCUUGUUACAAGACUGUUUCAGUAAGCCCUAUAUGGAUUACAGUGACAGUCAAAGAAGAUGGCAUGCAAAAUGUCCUAAUGUUGAAUGUCCAAAGCAAUUUAUGGAUGGUGUUCACUAUGGCACAAGAAGCCCACAAACCUGUGAGCAAUGCAAGUUUUCAAACAUUGACAUUUCCUCAAGUUUCCUCAGCUCUGGCAGGUGUCACAUCAUUGACCAAAACCUGCUUCACGUGAAUCCACAUUCAUAUUCCACACAUCGUAGACACAGUGAUCCUACGGUGACCUCUAAUACAAGGACAGAUUUCAUGGAUUCAGUUUCUGCUGAGUGUCUGUCAGAUAUUAAAAAUGUCAAACUGUCAAGGUCAACGAAGGCCUACAUGCAAAGCUAUGACCCUUACAUAGACUCCACUCGAGAAAGGAGACCUCCACCGAGGUCAUCUUCGAGUCUUUGUUUAUGCAAUCUUGAAAAAGAUUGUAUGUCUUUACAUCUUCACCGAGGACCUGGGCAAAGUUUAGAUCUUCCUAGUCUCCAUGAGCUACUGAACAUUAUUAUGAACCAGAAGACUAGGACAACCUCUUUGAGAGUGCCAACAGUGGUGAAUGGUCAUGAAUCGUACAACCUUGGGAAACCAAACAGUUAUUCGAUACCACUUGACAAUUGUGUCAAUGGAAAGUACUAUCCAAGCUGGAAAUUAAAUCCGCCUACUGAGCAUUUGGAGACUUGCGCAUUUACUGGAAGAAAUGGCUGCCGUGUGCAUGGGGCUUCUAGCACCCCUCCAUUGCACCCUGGACUACCACAACACCAUUACCAAGACCCAAGCACAUCUUACCCGGCUGUGCAGCCAACCAACGUUGGGUCUCUCCAGUUUGGGCCAGCUACACCUGUAUUAUCCAGCCAGCAGCCAAUUCAACACCAACCUAUGCUACAGCAAAUUCCAGCCGGGCAGCCAGUCUGCCCAAUGCAGCCUACCUCCCAUACAUACCCACCGUACCAGCCCCCGCUCACUCCAGCACUGACAAAACCCCUACAGAUCUCCAGUGUACCACUGCAACAGCACCAGGUACCUGCAUCCCAGCUUCCUCCGUAUCCUCUCAUUCCAGCAGUUACUCCUCUAACAGGACUCGAGAGCCUCCCUGCCAAUCUCUCUGACUUACCUGCUGUCUGUAUCACCCCCCUGCCUGCUCCCUGUCAGUAUUUCCCUUCAGGUGUGGUUAUGUCCAACCUUCCUGUGAAUGCUGCAGGGCUCCCGACAGGGCACAUAGUCAACCCACAGUUGGUGCUACCUUAUGAGACUAAUCUUAUGCAAAAUAUACAGGUGGCUCCUGUACCUUUAUUAGCGGUGGCUACCCCUGGUGGGCCUGGAUUGCCAACCCCACAACCACUGCAUGCCCAAAUGCCGAUGUACCAGGCCUCCUUUCAACAGAUCAUUCAGAGUGAUGUCCCUUCGGUUCAUCACUCACCAAGUGUUCCGCCUGUGUCACAGCAACCCCAUCCACCUCCUCCUCAGUCACAUCAUCCGAGCAUAACCCAUCCUCCCGAUCAGACUACAUCUGGGGCUGGGAACCAGGUCAUGGGUCUUCCUCAGUAUUCAGUGGAACUGGGCACUACCAUAACAAUGCCUGUUGCCUCAGUGAUCUCUCCACCUGUUUAUCUCCCAAGUGAUACUCCCCCAUCCCUACAAGGGCAAGAUCCACUUGCACAGGUCUCAUACCCACAUGUCAUAACGGAGGCGACGUUUGCUGAAAAUCCAAGUAUACAUAUGGGGUCUAGCCUUCCGCAACGCUCUGAUCCUCAUAACCUGGCCACCAUCCGGCCAUACACAGAAUCCAGUCAAGAGGAAACAAUAUUACAAGAGAACAUCCAGACCUCAACUCAAAGCUGUGACAAUUAUGUAGGUUCUGAUGCAGCAUCUGGCAAAGAAAUGAGUGAUGGGUAUGAGGGCAUCCAUAGCACCAGUAAACAAGAUGGAAAACCAGCAAGGAAACAUCAUCGCAGGUCGUCUCGUACUCGCUCUCGGCAGGAAAAGACCAACAAACCCAAACUGACCAUUCUCAAUGUGUGUAACACUGGAGACAAAAUGGUGGAAUGUCAGCUGGAAACGCACAACCAUAAAAUGGUGACCUUUAAAUUUGACUUGGAUGGUGACGCACCUGAGGAGAUUGCAACGUACAUGGUGGAAAAUGAAUUCAUACUGCAGGCCGAGAAAGAGAUUUUCAUUGAGCAGAUGAAGGAUGUUAUCGACAAAGCAGAGGACAUGCUGAGUGAAGAUACCGAAGGGGAGAGAAGCUCCGAUCAAGGGGCAAGUCCUCAGCAAACAGACUCCUUCAGGGUGGAAAUGAGGGAGGAAAAUCCGCUUCACCCUGUAAGCACCCCAGUAUAUCAGCAGAAUGUUUUGCAUACGGGAAAAAGGUGGUUUAUUAUCUGUCCAGUGAAGGAAUGCCCAAGUUCUGCAGAAGUGUCAUCAGUUAAUGCUAACCAGGAAAUACAGCGGAAUGUUGCAGAUGAAAUGAUUUCUGAAGAUAAUCAACGUGAGUGUCCUACAAAUGAGGAGAAGAUUAAUCAAGGUGUGGGUCAAUCUUUUUUAACAGAUACAUGUGACCAGUCUACAGCAAUUCCUGCUUCCAUGACCCAGUCCUCGUCAACAGUCUCGUCAUCUGAACUGCAAACUCUUCCAGAAUCCCUUUCCUUCCUCCAAGGAGAAACUUUAUCUUUUGGUGCUUCUGCUGUUUUACAACCAGUGAUUGAAGCACAGCCUGAAACUGUAGGCUCUGAUGGUCUUCUGUUAAAAGAGGCACCAGUAGCACCUGUGGUACCUCAACCAGAGCACAAGUCGUGCAUAUUACCAUCUGAUCAGACUUGUAGUUUGAUGUACACAAAUGAUACUGCUCAGACAGAACAUGGCAAACGUGACAAUGGUCAUGCGCUGCAAGUUCCUCAGGAAAAAGUUCUUGAUCUUAAGCCUGAGCGGCAAGGUUUGUAUGAAUCAGAAAGUGAUUCACCUAUUGUAGUCCAGGUCAAGUCCAAUGCUGGUUCAGCUGUUCCGGGUGUCCCAAGAACUGAUCAAUUGCAUGCCAUUCCAGAAAUAUCUCCAGCAUUGCAACCUGUCUUACAGUCACAAGCCCAAGGUUUAGCUCUGCCAGUGGUGAACUCAAAUCUCCAGCAGUCGGGUAUAGAGUCUGAUGGAGAAGGUCCACCUAGAGUGGAGUUUACUGAUGACACAAUUAAAACUCUAGAUGAGAAGCUUCGUACUUUACUGUACCAAGAGUAUGCUCCAGCCAACAUGACUGCUGGAACACCGGAGAACCCACCAGAGGUGAUCAGCUCCCAACCCCUAAACCUGGACCUCAAUGGAGAACCGGUAAAUCUGCUGGUAGAAAAUGGUGGUGAUAUUUCUUGUGAUUUAUCAAAUCGGAGGUCAUCAGGUCAAGCACAAGGACGUGACCCUGGAGAGCAGGAUUUAAAAGAGGGAAGUGCCGCAGACAGAUCUCCCAAAAAGAGAUCACAUCAUGCUGACAAGUCUAAAACCAUUGGGAGAUUUUCUGUGAUGAGUACUGAAGAUGAGGUAACCAUAACCUCUCCAAGUUACCUGAGGUUUUCUGCACCGCCAGAUGUUUAUCUGGAUAAGCUUCCACCACAACCAGUCAGGACCUCAGUACCACGAGCUCACACCUCCUCACCUAUAAACUCUCUCUUCUGUGGACAUGUGUCUAGUGAUUCAGGGGAUGAAUUCCUUCCACCAAAACCCAAAGAUGCCCCUUCCACCCCAAGCAAAGGGUCCACUAAUGACUUCAUGAAGAAAGCUGCUGCUUUUUUGCAUCGAAAGGCCAGUAUGCAAAGCCCCGAUUCUCCUACAGGCCAGGCCAUGAAAAUCCCCUCAAUAAAUGUAACGUCUUUUCAUUCGCAGUCUUCCUAUAUGAGCAGUGAUAAUGAUUCUGAGUUUGAAGAUUCUGACAUGAAGAAGGAGCUACAGAAUCUCAGAGAAAAGCACAUGAAAGAAAUUUCUGAGUUGCAAGUGCAGCAGAGGAAAGAGAUAGAAACCCUUUACAUCAGGCUGGGUAAACCUCUGCCCCCUAAUGUGGGAUUCCUUCAUGCAGCGCCACCAAGUGGCCGCCGGCGGAGAAUCAGCAAAAACAAGCUGAAAAGUGGGAAGCUGCUCAAUCCGUUGGUUCAGCAACUGAAAAACGGUACAAGUGAUAUAACUACAGAUUGUAAUGGAUCUCCUUCCAAGGAUCCAUUGAAGUCCCACCUGGACCCAAAGACCCGUCUUGCAGGUUCCUCCCUGAAGGCAUCUCCGGGUCAGGCCGUUCAGACACAGCAGCCUUGCUCAGUGAAAGUGACAGUGUCCUCAGAUAAUAUCUGUUCUGGGGUUGCCCGGGAUGGUGUUGAUAUGCAUGGCAGCGGCGGACAAGGCUGGACGGUUUACCACCAAACGUCUGAGAGAGUGACCUAUAAGUCUAGUAGCAAACCUCGUACCCGAUUCCUCAGUGGACCUGUGUCUUUAUCCAUCUGGUCCACUCUGAAACGGCUAUGUCUAGGCAAAGAGCACAGCAGUAGAUCCUCAACGAGCAGUCUUGCCGCAGGCCCCGAACAGUCGUCUGUCCCUCCUGUGACUGCUUCUCAAAUCCAGGCUCAGUCUAACAAUAGUAACAACAAAAAGGGGACGUUCACAGAAGACCUUCACAAGCUCGUGGAUGAAUGGGCAAGCAAAACUGUUGGAGCAGCACAAUUGAAACCAUCCUUAAACCAACUGAAGCAGUACCAGCAAUGGCUGGACCUGGAGCACAAGCCUACAUCCAGCAAUGAGGAGUCCAGUUCAGCAAGUCAAGGUUUAUCGGAAACAACAACAAAGUACAAAACUCCCCUGACUUGUGCGGCCCCCAUGGGACUGAUGUCCUCCUCAAUUCCCGCAGCCCUUUCUGAAGCAUCACAGUCUGGUUUAUUACCACCUUACAUGAUGCCCUUUUGUCAGUAUGCAGGAGUUUUCCCGACGCCAAAGUAUGGAGUACAGUGGGCUGGAGCUACGAUGCCCACCAUGGCUGGAAGUCAGCUGAUUACUCAGUCUGCCAGCAUGCAGAUAUUCCCGAUGUCCAUGCCGCAGCCUACCAUAAAGCAGUCUCAUUCCAACAUGAGGAUCACGUAG